UUCUCUCAGUCCCUGGACUCAAUACUGAAACCCAUAACCCAUAAACGAACAUCUGAUCCUUAACCUCUUCUUUAUUAAAAACAAAUUCACCAUUUUUUUAUGGAAAGAGUUUAUAUAAAGCCGAGGUUUUAAACAAUCAAAUUAAAGCUCACUUCAAAACUUUUUCUGAGGUUGUUUUGAUGCCCAAAUAUCCUCAAAUUCAUUAUCUUUGAUGUCAAUAUGCAUGACCAGAAAAAAAUGGAUUUCAAGUUUUAAAACCUUGACAUUAUUUAAAUGUGGGCUGUGCUUUGAUUGUUUAGAGCCUAGGCUCUAUACGAACAUUACCUUCCGCCUGAGCUUAAGAGGAUUGUAGAGAGACAGCGUGUGUGUGCAUCUUCUGAAAAGCCAUGGCGCCUCUCCCUGCUUUCUCUGUCUUCCUGGUAUUUUCCACCAUUUUCAGUUCCUCUUACGAGGCACUUGAGACUAACCCUCUCUCAGAACGACAACAUGAGGUGUUAUCAUGGAGGGGAGCUGAAGAGGAUAAGAAUAUUGUUAUAUUGGAAGAAAGAAUCCACAGAGAAGAGUCUCUGCAAAAUUAUGAACACUAUAAUGGAGGACAGAAUAUGAGCGACCCCUUUUACUGGACUUUAGUGCUUUCUAAGGCCCGGUGCCCACUUGCUGUAGCUGUACUUUGGUUUCCUGCAUUUGGGGUUCUUCUCAUUCUUCUCUGUUGCUGUUGUUGCUGCUGCCCCCGAAGACUUCCAAGCAACUCAAGAGUUGCCUAUGCAUUAUCCCUCAUUUUCCUCAUACUCUUCACUUGUGCUGCCAUAGUUGGAUGUAUUGUUUUAUAUACUGGUCAGGGGAAGUUUUAUAGAAGCACAAAAGGUGCCUUGGAAUAUGUAGUGGACGAAGCUAAUUUGACAGUCACCAAUCUUAAAAACUUCUCGAAUAGCAUAUCAGCUGCAAAGAGAAUUGGGGUUCAUGGGAUCUUCCUUCCUUUGAGUGAUCAAGCCCAGAUUGAUACACUUGCGUCUAAGCUGAAUAGUUCGGCAGACACUCUUCAGCAUCAGGCAGAGGACAAUUCUGAUAUAUUUCAUUUUGUACUCAAUCUUGUGAGAGACCUUCUGAUUGUUGUUGCAAGUGUGAUGCUUCUUUUGGAAUUUCUUGGAUUUUUGUUUUCGAUUCGUGGGCUUCAAGUUCUUGUAUACAUAUUGGUUACUAUUGGUUGGGUUCUGGUUCCAGUGGCAUUCAUUUUCUGUGGUGUAGCUCUUAUUGUCGAUAUCAUUGUUUCAGAUGCAUGUGUUGCCAUGCAUCAGGAUGCAAACUCAACGUUGGUGGAUAUUCUUCCAUGUGUGGAUGCAGCAACCGCCAAUAAAUCCUUGUAUCAAAGCAAGGAGAUCAGCUACCAAAUGGUCAAUGUUGUUAAUCAGGUCAUUUCGAAUGUGUCCAACCAGAACUCCUCCAGGGGUGCUCCUUCAUAUUACAACCAAUCUGGACCGUUGGUUCCUGUUCUUUGCAAUCCAUUUAAUUUUGACUUCACUCUUCGAAAUUGUCGACCAGGGGAAGUGACUCUCAAUAAUGCAAUGCAGGUAUGGCAGGGUUAUACAUGCAAGGUUUCAUCGUCUGGUUUGUGUUCUUCGGUGGGUCGUCUGACCCCUGACAUGUACAACCAAAUGCUGGCAGCAACUAAUGUGAGCUACGAACUAUAUAAUUAUGGUCACUUCCUCAACCAUCUACAGAACUGCACCUUUGUGAGGGACAUAUUUGAUACCAUAACCAAGAGAGAUUGUCCACGCUUAAGGCUAUAUAGCAAGUGGAUUUACAUAGGCCUUGUUAUUGUCUCCUCAGCUGUGAUGCUCUCUCUCAUCGUUUGGCUCAUCCAUGCUAGAGAGAGGCGACACCGCAAGUAUAUCAAAAUCCUUCCCGGGGUUCCAUAAACUCAAGCACUGGUUCGAGAGAAGGAUCCAUGGAGGAUCAGAAAUGGUUCUUAGAAAUUGGUCUUCUUUCUCUCAUGUUGGAUGUUAUGGGAUGGUUCUUGGAAAUUGGUGUUCUUUCUGUCAUGUUUGAUAUUAUGGGAUGUGUGUAUUUGUAACUUCACAUUUCAAAAAUAGGAUUAUAGGCAUUUGUAUGUAUCCUAAAAAUUGGUGGUGUAUCUCUUGGCAAUGAUUUCAAGUCACUAUGUUAUAGUAAUAUAAUGAA